AUGUUUUCCACACAACCACCACCACGCGCCUCUCCCUCCGCGCAGUUGGCCUCUCACGUGCCGAACCCCAUCAUCUUCCAGAAUGUCGACGCCGACAUUACUCUGGUCGAUAUACCUGCAUCUAUCGUGGCAGCUCAAGGCGACCGCUCUGACGUCCUCUUGUCGACUGCGCCUCUAGAAGAGCCUAUCCAGCUCAAACAAGACUACCAGCCCAAGACACAGAAAUCACAGGCGAAAGCGGCCAAAGUCCAUGAUAGCGACAGCACGCAGCAGAAUGAACAUGAUUUGCAGUCCCUCUAUCUUGACGAUUCUGGAUAUAACCUUCUUGUUGAGCAUGCACUCGCCCAAAUUCGUGCACACGUCUCGGGGCCAUGGUGCAUGCGCCGUCAACUCAUGACCCAGAGGUUUCCAUGUGCACAAGACGAGGCCAUGGAUCUGGACGGCCCCACUGAAAAGAAUCUGGAGUCGCGCAUACGAGAGUGGGCCUCAUGGAGUCAAGCCGAGCAAGACGACAUGGCUUUCAAUCUGCAGCAGAUGAUGGCUUCGCUCGGUGCAGCAGAUGAGCCCGCAGAUUCGGCUGCAGUCACAGACAAAUGCAUCUUGUCGUACCGUCCUGCACCCGAGAUUGCAAGUAAUACACAGGCCGCUGAUACCGCCACCCAAGAGACACAAACACUAUCAUGGACAUGUACCUUUCACAAUCCCAACCACCACUCACUCGAAGCCACAAUCACUGACAAAACGGUGCAAUCUGCUUCCUCGGCCCAAGACUACCAUUUCACCAUCCCGCCGCGGGCCACGCUCUUUCUGAGCGACUCGACUGCCUCGGAUGCCUUCCGUUCAUCGUUUCGUCGACUCACAGACGAGUAUUCCCUCGCACGGCAUUUCGACCUUGUACUACUCGACCCGCCAUGGCCUAAUCGGUCGGCCAAGCGCAAAGGCGCCUACGAGCAGGUGGGAGGUAUGCCGUACCUCAAGCGCAUGCUACUCAACAUGCAUCUCGACAUGUAUCUGGAGCACAACGCACUGGUGGGCGUUUGGGUCACUAACAAGCCCUCCUUGAAGAAGCAUGUGCUCGGUCCUGGCGGACUAUUCGAGGCGUGGAACGUAGGACUCAUAGAAGAAUGGAUCUGGAUUAAGACGACGACAAAAGGCGAGCCCAUGUUUGACAUUGACAGCCCCAUGCGCAAGCCCUACGAGAUCUUGCUGCUGGGGCGUGCAGCACCGAACUCGUGGACACGCAUGGCGCAUGCGCCGGUGGUCAAACGCAGAGUCGUUGCCGCCGUGCCAGACGUACACUCACGCAAGCCUUGUCUUAAGGCCUUGCUCGAACCCUAUCUAGUGGAUCCGGCAGACUACACUGCGCUCGAAGUGUUUUCUCGCUACCUAGUCAGCGGUUGGACAUCUUGGGGAAACGAAGUGCUCAAGUAUAACUGGGACGGCUACUGGGUCAAGGCCGGAAGUGCAGCAGAGAGCUGA